AUGAUUAAGAAAAACAAUGAAGAGCAAAGUGGAAAAUAUGCAAAGAAAAACACUGACAAUGAAUUUUAUACACCCAAAUCAAGCUUAUCCAUUGAAAGCAUAAGUAGUGAUAUAGCUUUUAAAAACUUAUAUAAGUAUGUUUAUAGGAAUGUUAGAGACGACUGUAUAAAUAAAAAAAAGUACCACAUAAAAAAUAGAAUAACGUCUGAAAAAAAAAAGAAUAAAUUUUCCAAGGAUCAUUAUAAGGGACAACCUAUACUAAACUAUGUAAAAAAAACGAAGAGAUUAAGUAAUAUGUCUUUUUUGAAAAAUGAUGUUAAAGAAGGUAUAAAUAAGAAGCAUGCUGCAGUUUCAAAUGAAAGUUCUACUAGGAAGUUUAAUGAGAAGGCAGUUACCAUAAAAAGGAAUGAAUAUGCAAAAAAAAGACCAUUUUCUGAAAGUGCAACAAACAUUUUAAGAUUCUUCAAAAAUAUGGAUAUAAAUCAAAAAGGAAAGGAAUUACGUACUAACAAUAACAGUAACAAUAACAAUAACAGUAACAAUAACAAUAACAGUAACAAUAACAGUAACAAUAACAAUAACAGUAACAAUAACAGUAACAAUAACAAUAACAGUAACAAUAACAAUAACAGUAACAAUAACAGUAACAAUAACAAUAACAGUAACAAUAACAAUAACAGUAACAAUAACAGUAACAUUAGUGGUCAUAGAAACAUUAUUACGAAGGAAGGCCAUUUAAUAUGUAAUGAUCUCAGCAAUUUAUUAUAUAAUGAACAAAACAAUGCGUUACGUAGUGAACAAAGUAGUAUAGUAUAUAAUGAUAAAAAUAUGAUUACAUGUGAUGAUCGAAAAAUGACUGAAUAUAUUAAUUUCGAAAAGAAUUUCUAUUCAGUUAUAGGGGGGUGCUAUAAAAGGGUGAGAAGUGAAAAUUACGAAAGAAAUAUAUCGUAUGAAGAAAAAGUUGUACUAGAAUAUCAGCAGAAACAUGACGAAUGCGAGAAAUAUUAUGAAUAUUUGGAAAUUAUAUAUUUAUAUUGUAAAAAGUAUUUUUUAUAUGAUAAAAUGGAAUUCGUUAGUAAUUAUUUAUUUUACAAGAAGAAGAACCUAAGAAACUUAAUAUUUUUAAUUGACGCACUAUUCCUAAAAAAGAAGUACGUUGAGCUGUUAUCCAUACUAAGAAGUAAUAAACAUUUGUGGAUUUUUUCUUGCAAAAAAGGGAGGAAAAAAACAAAAGGAACAAACAGUAGAAAUAAGAGAGCAUUCAACAAGAGAAGAACACCAAUGAGAAAAAUCAUUCGCACAUGUAAUGGUAGAAGGAGGAGCAAUAAGUGUGAAGGAAAAAACGACAAAUUGCUGAUAUGCCAUAACCCUUGCUAUGACCAGAUAUAUCGCAGAAACCUUAGUGAUAAGUGUACUGUUGGCAGUGUUUUCAACAAUAUCAACCAAAAUGAAAUGUCUUUAUGUGAAAAAUUAUCAAGGAAUAUGAAAAAUAAAAAUUGUAAAAAUAACGAAAUUACAGAAUUCCAUAAAUUAAAGGAAAAGGCUCCAAUAACAGGAGACACAAAUUCCUACAAUAUAGAUUUGAGUACAAGCUAUAAAGAGGCUCCAAACGCAAUCAUUCAGUUAAAAAAGCACAUGAAAAAGGAUAUAAAAUAUAAAAGGAAUGCUUCCAAAAAAAUUUAUUGUAUAAAUUACAUUGCUUUUGUAAAAAUAUUGUCUUUAGUCAAAAUGAAAAAUAAAAAUUGUUUAAAUAAGUGCAUAAAAUUUAUAAAUAAAAUAGAUAAAAAAUGCGUUUUAAAUAAAAAUGCUCACUAUUUGUUACAAAUAAUUAUAUAUAUAUAUGAACUGAAAGGCUUAUAUAAUAACGCUUUAAGAUAUUCGAUAUUAUUAUUUUUGAACUGCCCAUCCAAUCCACAAAUUAUUCUUAAGCUCUUUAGUUUUUCUGUACUAUGUUUAAAAGACGAAAUUCGAUUAAUUCUGCUAGCUAAAUACCAUAAGAAAAUUGCUUGGUUAAAAUAUUUUCUCUUUUUUAUUUUAUACUCGGUUAAUUACCAAUUUCAAAAUAAAAAGCUUUUUAAUAACUUCCUUUUUCUUAUUGAAAAUGUAACGAAAAAUAACAAGAAAAAGAAAAAUAUAUAUAUAUCCAGAAGAACUAAAAAUAAUGAAUGCCCUCACCAAGAUAGGGUAUAUAUAAACGAUGAUAGCUCCGAAAAUUGCUAUAAUAGAUUAGAAAAUAAAAAAGAUGAUAUGAAAAAGGAAAUAUCAAUUAUUAAUAACUUAGUCUAUGAACAAAAUAUCAAAGAACAUAAGAUCUCAAGUAGCGAAGCAUUAGAAAGGAACGAUAAAAAUAAAUAUAAUGAGAAGAGUAUGAGGAACAACUGCAAAGAAAAGAGUGAAAGCAACCUAUAUAAGGAAGGGAGGAAUAAGAGGGAAUGUAUCCAAAGUUGUGAAGGGAGAGAAAAAAGAGGAAAGGAUUAUUUGGAGAUAUCAUCUUUUUUGAUAUAUUCCCGUAUUAGAUUUCACUUAGAUAAAAAUAAGGAAAAUUCUAAUGUAUAUAUUUAUAGGAAAAUUAUAUUGUAUAGUUCUUUGUAUAACAUAGUAACAUUGUAUGAUGUUUAUAACUAUAUUAGAAAAAAUAAAUUAUCAAAACAUUUUCCAAAAUUUUUCUUAUAUUCCAAAUUAUUUAUAAUGAUAAAUAUUAAAAAAAGUUUUUAUGAAAGAAAUUAUAUAAUGUGUUAUAGUCUAAGCAAAUUGUUAUUAAUGGAACAUAUGUAUGAUUCUUUCACAAUAACAUUUUUUGUAAAUUCUUCUUAUUUAUUAAAUAAAAUAAGCUGCAUUAAAAAUCUAGCUGUUGAAUUAAGAAGAAAUAAAAAAUAUAUCUAUUAUUUAUUCUGCAAUGCAGCUUUAUUACUACAUUUUAGGCAAGUCGAAAGAUCUAUACAAAUAUAUAAAUAUAUAGUUGAUUCUUAUAAAAAUAUUUUUUCUGAUUUAUAUCUUUAUUCCUUGUUUAAUUUAAUAUACUCACUUCAGAUAACACAAAAAGCUCAUCAAAUUAUUUUUCUUUGUAAAAAUUUAAAUAAGUUAUUUUUUCAUAAUAUCCAUGUGUAUAUUUUACUAUCGUAUUAUUACUUUUUAAAUGUUAUACCCACUAAAUCUUAUUCUUCCCUCAUAAGAGCUUAUAACAUAUAUAAUUAUCACCCUCACAUAUUUUAUGUUCUCUCCUAUCUAGCAUUAUCACUUAAAAAGUAUGCAUAA